UUAGUUACAAAUAAGUUAACAGUUUGAAAGAUGUAUCCGAGCAUCUACAAUAUAAUAUUUAUUCUAGGCUUUUGGCACCUACUACAAGUGGUAAAACCAAAUUUUUAAAUUAAAUCUGAAUUUUCUCAUAUAAUUCAAAUAUGUAUGUACAUAUAUCAAACAGUGUGUUAAUACCGAAAUGGUAUUUAAAACGAAAAAUAUUGUUUGUACUGGAAACCCCAAGUACGUAGAUAAUGUGACCUGUUCUGUGAAGGCACGAAAUUGGAAUAAUGCAGUUGCUUACAUGGAUUGUGAUUUAGUUUUGCCCCUUCAGAAUACUACGUUUCACCUCGAAUUCUUCAAGAAGGGAUAUAAUAAUCGAUACCAUCCGUUUCUGGUCAAUGUUAUGAUCAAAAUGUGCGACGUUAUGACCAAUCGAAAUUUUCUACCUUACGGCACAAUAGCGAAGAAGAUAUUUAAGGAGUAUACAAAUGUCAAUCAUAGUUGUCCUUUUACGGGUCAUCUACUGGCACGGAACAUAUCUUUUCAUGAGAGCUAUCUACCAAAUCUUCCACUGGGAAUUUAUCUUCUUACAUUUGAUGUUUUAGAAAACUUUGAUAACGGAACCACUGAAUCGGCUGGCUUUGUUAAAUUUUAUUUUGAAGCUAUGGAAAAAAUUAAGCCAAAAAGAAAACAAAAGAAUUCAACAAUCAAUUUCAAAUUGUAAAUCUCCAUUUAACAGAAGUUGAUUUAAAAACUUCA